UCACUCGAUUCAGUAAUUAAUUAGCUUACUCGGUCUCUUUCAUAUCAUUUUUUAGUCAACGACGUUCUAUCAUAUCGUUUUAUAAUAUGAAGUCUUUUGUUUUGUAAAAAUAUUAAUUUUUAAUAUAAAGUUUUUUUUUUUGCUAACUUUAAUAUAAAGUUGGUUGUACAGUUCAAGGAAAAAGAUAAUUUGGAACACUUCAUGCGCAGAAUUUUUGGAACUCUUCACUGACGUGGCAUAUUACAGGUUAAGGGUCACACAUGCAUGUGGCAAAAGCUAAAUUGUGGGAGCAACAAGAAAACCAAGAUUAGUAAGACAGCGAACUGAUAAAAAUGUUAAGAAUGGUUUAGCCAAAGAAUCAGAAGAAGAAUAUUUUGUUUGUUUUUCGAAUCUGUUUAUUCACUUAAAUUAUGGUUGCUACGUGCUUCCUAUUCAAGUAACAAUAAAUCAUCGCCAUAUGCGCACAUAAACAGACCGCGUGGCUAUGUGUAUUAAAAUGAAACGUGAGUUCUACGGAACGGUAUAUUUUUUGUGAGAAUUUCAAAAUCCCAUUUGUUUUAUAUCAAGAUUUAUAUUUUCUUCUCCUCAUGUUUUUUUCUUUGUAGACUUAGCUUGAAACUAAUUGAUAUGUGUUUUUGUUUAUUGACCAGACGAUGAAUUUCAUAAGAAAACAAUUCAUUUUUUAUAUUUCUACAUUUUAAUUAGCAUGUGAAGCUUCUGAAUUCAUCAAAUGUAUAUGUAAAAGUUAACUUGUGGGAGAAACGAGACAGAGAUUGGUGAACUGUCAGUGGCGUCUACAAUGUAACAAAGAUGUAAACUCAGACAGCCAAAAGUAUAAAAUCUGGAGAAUAUAGCCAAAGGAAUCAGAAGACAAAUAUUUGGUUUGUUCUUCUUAGAUAUUUGUCUUCUGAUUCCUUUAGUUUGGAAUCAGGAGAAUAUAGCCAAAGGAAUCAGAAGACAAAUAUUUGGUUUGAUCUUCUUAGAUCUUUGACCAUUCAGACCGUUUUGUGUUCCUCCGAGAUUCCAGGCAAGUUAUCUUCUCUUCUAGUAUGUCUUUUUAUGUUCGAAGACUUGUGAUGUUCUUGGUUUUGCCAUUUUGUAAAUAUAUCACUAAAUUUGCUACAGCUAAAAACAUUUCUCUUCUUGUAUUGUGACUGUAUCCAGGUUUGAUGGGGGAUUCUUCUGAAAAUUCAAAAAGAGUGAAGCUUAGUGAUGGGAGAUUCUUAGCUUAUAGAGAAAGUGGAGUUCCAAAGGAGGAGGCAAAAUACAAGAUCAUUCUUGUUCAUGGCUUUGGAAGCUCUAAAGACAUGAACUUCUCUGCCUCAAAAGAGCUAAUACAAGAGCUUGGUGUGUAUCUUCUAUUCUACGACCGUUCUGGAUAUGGAAAGUCAGAUUCAAAUGCAAAACGUUCACUGAAAAGUGAAGUUAAUGACAUAGUAGAACUUGCUGAUCAGUUGGAGAUAGGACCCAAGUUUUACCUAAUUGGAUUAUCCAUGGGAUCUUAUCCUACUUGGGGUUGCCUAAAACACAUUCCUCGCAGGCUAUCUGGUGUGGCUUUUGUUGCUCCAGUUGUGAAUUAUCUGUGGCCAUCGCUUCCUAAUGAACUUAUAAAGGAAGAUUACAUGGGAGGUCUUAUCGAAUGGGGUUUAAGGAUAUCGAAAUUUGCACCUAGACUGUUACAUUGGUUGGUUAUACUUAUACAAAAGGUCUUGCCAUCAACUAGUUCGGUUCUUGAGAGCAAGCAGGUCUACUUCAACAGCCAUGACAUGGAGGUGCUCAAGCGAACCACUGGCUUUCCUAUGUUCACUAAGGAAAAGCUACGUGAAAGAGAUGUUUUCGACACUCUAAGAGACGAUUUCGUCGCUUGUUUUGGACAAUGGGACUUCGAACCAGAAGAUCUAAGCAUUACUCAAGAGAGUAAUGUACACAUCUGGCAUGGGAAGGAAGACAAAGUUGUUCCGUUUCAACUUCAAAGAUGCGUGCUGCAGAAGCAACCUUUGAUCAACUACCACGAGAUCCCUCAAGGUGGACAUCUCAUCGUGCACUACGAUGGCACUUGCGAUGCGGUUCUACGUGCACUAUUGCUUGGUGAAGAACAAAAGCUGUAUAAACCAGUUCUUGAUGAAACCAUGUAAAACAAAACAAAAAGUUGAUUAGUUUGGUGUUUGUAAACGAUUCUUUAUUCUUGAUUCAUUUAAAGAAAAUAAUAUAUAUGUUCAUAAGUGUA